ACAAAACAAAUAAUAUAAUCGGAGAAAUACACAGAGAGAGAGAGAGGAGAGCGAUCUCGGCGGCGAAGCUCUUUAGUCUUUUACCAUCGAAAUCGGUGGGUUCUGCUUCCUUUUUGUGAACAAUGGAGGAUAAAGUUGGGUUCGGAUUCCGUCCCAACGACGAGGAGCUCGUCGGUCACUAUCUCCGUAACAAAAUUGAAGGAAACAGCAGCCACGUUGAAGUAGCCAUUAGCGAAGUCAACAUCUGUAGCUACGAUCCUUGGGACUUGCGUUUCCAAUCAAAGUACAAAUCGAGAGAUGCUAUGUGGUAUUUCUUCUCUUGUAGAGUAAACAAGUAUGGGAAUGGGAAUCGACAGAGCAGGACAACGGUUUCUGGCAAGUGGAAGCUUACCGGAGAAUCUGUGGAGGUCAAGGACCAAUGGGGGAUUGCUAGCGGCGUUCGUGGUAAGAUUGGUCAUAAAAGGGUUUUGGUCUUCCUCGAUGCAAGAUUCCCUGACAAAACCAAAUCCGACUGGGUUAUCCACGAGUUUCACUACGACCUCUUGCCUGAACAUAAGAGGACCUAUGUCAUCUGCAGACUUGAAUACAAGGGUGAUGACCCGGACAUUCUCUCUGCUUAUGCAAUAGAUCCUACUCCCGCUUUUGCCCCCAAUAUGGCUAAUAGCGAAGGUUCUGUGGUAAACCAAUCACGUCAAGGAAACUCAGAAUCUUACAACACUUACUCUGAGUAUGAUUCAGCAAAUCGUGGCCAGCAGUUUAACAUGCAGCAAUCAUUUCAAGGGAAUUCAGGAUACUACAACCCUUUCCCUGAGUAUGAUUUAGCAAAUAACGGUCAGUGGUUGAGUGACUAUUUCAACCUGCAACAACAAGUUCCUUACUCGGCCCCAUAUGAUGAAAACUCCGAGCUCAUUCGGAACUUUGUGAUUGAAGAAACUCGUGAAAGGACAUCUAUGCAAGAGCAUUACAGUGAUCACCAGCCCAAAAAACCUGUGACUGGGGUUUUGGGUGAUGAUAGCAGUGAUAAUGACUCAAUGACUUUCGGAGACACUUCGAGCUCGACUGAUAGUGGCUGUAGUUCAAAUGAGUCUUACUAUACUCCUAUAGAUGAUGAUGUUCCAUCAUUGAACACUGUCGUUGAGCCUUUGCACAAUUAUGAGGCGCAAGAGCAACCAAAGCAGUUGAAAUUACCGUGUCAGAGCAAAGAAAAGGUGAUAAAUACGCAGAAAAGCGAAUGCGAGUGGAAAAGGGCUGAAGACUCGAUCAAGAAACCGCCAUAUACCAACACGGUGAAACAGAGCUGGAUUGUUUUGGAGAAGAGGAGUGAAAGGAAUGCACAGUGGAACUAUCUCAUAAACAUGAUCGUUGGCGUCUUACUGUUCAUCUCCAUCAUUGGUUCGAUGAUUCUUGUUGGUUAAAGAGGUCAAAUCCGAUUCUUGCUCACAGUUAUUUAUUGUCUGUGUGUUUUUUUUCUUUCGGUUUCUUUGCUCUGUUUUCUCGCUCAGGAAAAGUGUGAAGUUGUGUAUUUUACACAAGUAUGUGUAAAGAAAGAAAAAAGGGGGAAAAAGAGAGAAAAGGAAAAGAAAAAAAUGAAGAAAAUGUAAUGUAAAGAAGUGUAUGUUAAUAAUUAGUGAAUCGUUUUGUGAUGUAGUUCUUAUUUGUAUAUAUUAUAUAAAAGUGAUCAAAUAGCUCUGCAAAAGAAAGGGAUAUACAUGAGAGGUUGUGCAAGCUCAAAGAUUCAUUGAACACAUCAAGAAAGUGUAACGGAGGGCGCAAUGAGAAAAAAGCAACUAGAGUGCUAUGAGCCUAUGACGUUUCAGCAAGUUUUGUAAUACCAACUAAUUCAUGUACCGAAGAACUAAAGUCGGACCGGAAAUUGCCGAGCAAUACAUUAGGAUUGUUUGAAAUUAAUUAAAAUAGUUUCCCUUA